AUGAGGACGAGGCUCGGGAGGGCGCGUCGAGCCAAGGUGGAGGGAGGGCGGAGGGAGAACCUGUGGAUGGAGGACCAGGAGUCGGGCGUGGGCGACGCUGGCGAUGGCGCCCCCUCGAGCAGGGAGAGCGCGAGCGUCGCCCCAUCUACCACGUCGACCGGCACGGCCGAUGUGGGCGGCGGCGAGGACGACCGUCGCAGCCGCGGUAGCUGCGGCGGCGGCGGCGGUGAUGGCGGCAGCGACAGCAGCAGUGGCAGCGACAGCGAGACGGAUCUCCAGGCGCUCCGUGGGCCAGAGGCCCGGCGGCUCGCCCGCUUUGACAAGCCGGCGGAACUCACCAGGUGCCGCACUAGGGAGAACCCUCGCAGAAACCCGAGGUACGAGUCGCCCCCGUCGCCGACAAGUGCUGACGCCCUGCUCGCCUCGGCGGCGAGCCUGCCCGUCAGCAGCACGGAGGAGUUCACCCGCUGGAUGCUUUCGGCGGUACUCCACGUGGCGGAGGGGCUAGAGGCGAGGGUGGAGGACCACGCUGCGCGCCAAGAGGCGGAGGACUUCCUGCUGGGUACGGUGGACCUCAUGCUCAACUCGCCAGACGCCUUCGGGACGGCCAUGAGGGAAGAGUUUGAAGGGCACUUGGGCACGGGGACAUUUUCAUUCGUAGACGGCGCGCCAGAGGGGCGCAGGCCUGUGAGCUCACAGUGGUGUUUUAGUUGGAAGACCAAUAAGGAAGGGAAGAUGGACAAGUUCAAAGCGCGUCUGGUUGCUAGGGGGUUUUUGCAAAUCCCGAACGUCGAUUCUUUCCAUUCGGCUUCCCCUUGCCCCUCAUCCGCAUCCAUUAAGCUGAUGUUUGCGGUAGCAAACGAGAAGGGCAUGAACCUCAAUCACUGGGAUGUGAAGCAGGCUGAGCGUGCGAUUUACGGUCUGAAGCAGAGCGGUAGGCAGUGGGGGUACCACGCUGCUGAUACGCUAGUCGAGAACGGGUUCGAGCAAUGCAAGGCGGACCCGUGUUGUUUUCGCGAGAUAGUAGACGAAGUCGUGGUGAUGAUUAUCGUGAUCUACGUGGAUGACAUUUUGGUGGCUGGGUCUGACGAGGAUUGCGAGAAGUUGCUUGCUUCUCUCAACAAACAAUUUCCCACCAAAAACCUCGGAGAGUGUCAAUGGUUUGAUGGGUGUGCCAUCGAGAGAGGUGUAGAGGUUGGGAAUCUUAAAAUCUUCCAAACCGCGUAUAUCGACAGCAUGGUUAAACGCUUCGAUGCACAAUCGACUUCCCGCAUCCCCACUACCCCUGGUACCGAUCGAGGGCCGAAGCGAGAGGAUGAGGAGGGAGGGGAGUGGCCGGUGAGGGAGGCCAUCGGCAGCAUGAUGUGGGUGUCGACUUUCUCGCGUCCAGACGUCUCGUUCGCCGUGCGUGCGGUAGCGCGCCACGCCCACGCCCCGGCGAAGCGGCACUGGGAUGCCAUACAGAAGAUCCUCGGCUACCUGAAANGUCCAGACGUCUUGUUCACCGUGCGUGCGGUAGGGCGCCGCGCCCACGCCCCGGCUAAGAGGCACUGGGAUGCCAUUCAAAAGAUCCAGACGAGGGACCUCGGCAUCACCUACCAACGGGGAUCGGGGUUAGGGCUGGCCGUGUACGUAGACGCUAGCUACGCCGACACGGAGGAUAGGCGUUCGGUGUCAGGGUUGGCGACGACGGUUGGAGGUACCGUAGUCAGCCAUGUUAGCAAGGCGCAGAUCAUCGUGUCUUUGUCUUCGACGGAAGCCGAGUACAUUGCUGCCGGGAAGGGUGUCAAGGAGGAGUUGUUUGUGCGUGCUGUGCUUUCGUUUGUUGCCCCAGAGACCAGUGGUAGCAGCAUCAAGGUCCUUGAGGACAACCAGGGGGCCAAAGCGUUAGUGCAGAACCCCCUCAGCUCGGGUCGCACGAAACACAUCGACGUGAAAUUUCAUUUUAUCCGCGGAUUGUUUAGGUCGGGGGAUAUUACGGCCAAGUUUGUUCCGACAACGGAGCAACACGCGGACCUCCUUACCAAGGCCCUUGGCAAAGCCAGCCUGCAGUACCACCGGCGCAAGUUGAUGAAUUUGCCGGUAGCUGUAGCAGUNGGGACUAGAGGUAGCAGCAUCCAGGUCCUUGAGGACAACCAGGGGGCCAAAGCGUUAGUGCAGAACCCCCUCAGCUCGGGUCGCACGAAACACAUCGACGUGAAAUUUCAUUUUAUCCGCGGAUUGUUUAGGUCGGGGGAUAUUACGGCCAAGUUUGUUCCGACAACGGAGCAACACGCGGACCUCCUUACCAAGGCCCUUGGCAAAGCCAGCCUGCAGUACCACCGGCGCAAGUUGAUGAAUUUGCCGGUAGCUGUAGCAGUUUUGAGCACUUGCCUUGGACUUUCGAAAAAGUGCGGCCGUUGUGAUCCGCUGUGAUGGCGACGGUUUUUGUGGUGGUAGGGGAUUAUUCGAGGGGUUUUGCGACGCCGGGUUUCCCCUCCAUAGAAUACCAUAUUGGUAUUUCUGAUGUAUCCAGGCGCGUUCUUGCCCCAUUGAUGGUUAGUCACUUGCGUGAAGAACCAGGGAGGGUGUUCGUUGGUCUGCGAAUAUUGGUGUUGGAUAUAUGUGCUGUAUGAUUUUGGUGUCACGCAGAUUGCUGACGCCAGCAAUCGCCGCCGCAUGGUAGACUCCACAGAGCCCGGGGUGCUACUUGGCGGCUUGGGCGCGCUGAUCGCGCGUCAAUCCUGUAUUUAAGGCUCCUGGCGGCUUGUCGUGACUACAUGACGACGUUUCGACCGCAACGGCAGCAUCGAAGACAAAUUCUCGGACGCGUGCGACAUCAUGUUCGUACGCCUCCUUGAUCUGGACAAGGAUGGCAUGGCUGUCUUCACCCUUGAACUCCUCGACGAGGAGAGUGCCGGGAUAUCCGUUGGCUGCCAUGGGCUAUCGUAGUGUGGCGUUGGAUCGGAGGAGUGAAAGCGGAAGAGGAUAUCGACGCGAUGUGACGAUGUGCGGCAGGUGCUCGCUGCAGCCCAGCAAGUUCAACAGCGAAGUUGCGUCGCGUCGAUCGGCGCUUGGUCAGGAAGCGCUGCCAGGGCCCUACUCGAAGAAGCACCUUGCCCACCAAUGAAAGGAGGCUCCGUGCAACGUGGGGCUUUGGUUUGAAGGUCUCGCGUUCCCGCUAGAGGAAUAUCUUGAAAGCCUCCUUUUCGUGCUCCGUUUACCACGCUUGCACAAGUUGUUCUCUUAAAAGCCCUAUCAAAUGUCCCCUCGAUUA